GUGGGUGGUCCGACCAACUUCCAGUGACAGGAGGUGAGUGUCGGCCGAUCCCUCCCAACAACUCAUCCACAGGGACCACGGCGGGGAGCGGAGAAUGGGUCCUGCUCUUCGCCGUCUGCAGAGAUCCCUGAGACGGUGUGAGAAAUCACUGUAACUCAGCCCCAGAGGAUCCGGGGGAACCUGGAUCAGCCGAGCAGCUCUCCGGGAAGCGGCGCUAGGAAGUGAGUUUAUUUAUUUUCGGGAGUUCCUCACCCCUCCCGCUCCCUUCUCUCACUUGUGAAUGACCUCUCCCCCGAGCCGCUACCCUGGCGUCGCAUGUUCGGCUCCCGACGCUCGUCCGUCGUGCGGAGACUGUGGAGAAACCGGUGCGGGGCGGGGGCGACGGCGGCGGGCGUCGCGGGAGGAGAGAGCGGCCGGAAUGAGGACCUGCAGGCCGGGCUAAAGCCGGUCACCCAGUCACUCUUCCAGAAACUGCGGGACGAUCAGCUGGAGACGCUGGCGCGGGCGGUGGAGGGCGGCGCCGAGGAGCGCGGCGGCUGCGUCUACGUCCCCGGGGGCGAGGCGAACCCCUGGCCGCCGGUGCUGACCUGCCGGCUGUUCCGCUGGCCCGAUUUGCGCUCGCCACACCAACUCAAGCGGCUAUGCAUCUGCGAGUGCUCGCCCAGAGUCGCCGAGGAGGCGGGCGGGGUGUGCUGCAACCCCUACCACUUCAGCCGGCUGUGUGAGCCCGAAUCUCCUCCACCGCCUUACUCCAAGCUGUCUCCAAGCCAAACGUGGAACAACUUUGAUGAUGUCGGCCUGUCUCCUUACCUGCCCAGAGAGGGACACUGGUGCAGCGUGGCAUACUGGGAGCACAGAACCCGCGUGGGUCGCCUCUUCGCCGUCCACGAGCCCUCGGUGGGCGUCUUCUGUGAUCUGCCACUCGGCAGUGGCUUCUGCCUGGGCCAGCUGCAUGUGGCCAACCGCCACGAGAUGGUGCGGCGCACCCGUGGCAAGAUUGGUGGGGGCGUGCUGCUGAGCCGGGAGCGGGACGGUGUCUGGGUCUACAACCGCAGCCAGCACCCCAUCUUCGUCAGCUCCCCCACCCUGGGCCUGCCUGGCUCCCGCGCGCUCUCUGUCCACAAGGUGUUGCCUGGCUAUUCCGUCAAGGUUUUUGACUAUGGCAAGUCGCGCGCCCUGCAGCGGGCCGCGAGCCCGGGUAGAUUCCCAGAUGGACCUUAUGACCCCAACAGUAUCCGCAUCAGCUUCGCCAAAGGCUGGGGUCCCUGUUACUCCAGGCAGUUCAUCACCUCGUGCCCCUGCUGGUUGGAAAUACUGCUGAAUCACUCCUGAAGGAUUUGUCCUCCUUGGAACAUAAGCAACAGGAGCAGGAGUCGGCCAUGUGGCCCUUCGGGCCUGCUUCGCCAUUCAAUAAGAUGGCUGACCUGGCUGAGGACUCAGCUCCAUCUCCCUGCCUCUUCCCCACAGCUUUUAAUUCCACUACUAUUCAACUCUUCAUUUCCCCUGCUAUGCACAAAUCUAUCCAACUCUGUCAUAUUUACUGAGGUAGCCUCUACUGCCUCCCUAGGCAGAGAAUUCUGCUGAUUCACUCCUCUCUGGAAAAAGUAAUUUCUCUUCAUCUCCAUCUUAAAUCUACUGCCCUGAAUCUUGAUGCUAUGUCUCCUAGUUCCAGUCUCACCUACCAGUGGAAUCAACUUUCCUGCCUCAUUCUUUAUCAUUUUCAAUGUUUCUUAAGAGAUCCCCACUCAUCCUUCUGAAUUUCAGUAAGUAUAGUCCCAGGUGACUCAAUCUCUCCUCGUAGGCUCACCCCCUCACCUCCAGAAUCAAUCUGGUGAACCUGCUCUGCACUCCCUCCAAAGCCAGUACAUCUCUCAUCAAGUAAGGAGACCAGAACUCCAGGUGUAAUCUCACCAGUACCCUGUAGAGUUGCAGCAUAACCUUCCUGCUCUUAAGUUCAAUCUCUCCAGCAAUAACUGCCAUCAUUCUGAAGGGCCUGUAAUGUGCUGUACUGUUCUAUGGUCUGAAGCCCAAGAUUAACGCCACAGUAGCACAGGGGUUAGCACGACACUGUUACAGCUUGGGAACAUCCAAGUUUGGAGCUCAACUCCAGCGUCGUCUGUAAGGCAUUUGUACUUCCUCCCUGUGAACGUGUGGAUUUCCUCAGGGUACCUUGCCUUCCUCCCAUAGUUCAAAGCCCCACCUGUUAGUAGGCUAGUUAGUCAUUGUAAUUUAAAAAAAAUUCAUUUACAGGUGUGGACGCCGCCAGCUCAGCCAGCAUUUAUUGUCCAUCCCUAGUUGCCCUUGAGAAGGUGGUGAUGAGCUGCAGUCCCUGAGGGGUAGGUGCACCCACAGUGCUGUUGGGGAGGGACAUCUUAUUGUCCUGAGAUUAGGCUAGAGUUAAUUCUGGGUGGUGCAGCUCGAUGGACUGGAAGGGUCUGUUCUGCGCUGUAUCGCUUACUUACUGCCUGUUAUGUUGCUGGUGUUCAGGGCAGCAGUGAAGGUCUUCCAUCUCUCUCUGUCCAUCACACAGAUAUAGGAGGAGGAUUCUUGCUCUUUCUGUAACAGUUUUGUUUGACCAGUCAGGGUUGUUAGCUCUGAGCUGAACCCCUUUGACCCUGUUUGACUCUACCAAGAGCCAAAGCACAAGGCCCUGACUCCAGCCAAUGCAGCUCUCUGAGUCAUUGAGGCAUGCAAGCCUCCAAAUCCAAAUAUUUGGUCCUCUCAGAGGUGUGGCCUGUCUCUCAGUAAAUAAAGUAAGUUUCCCUCCCUCGGUCCCCGCCCUUUUGAUCUGCUUAUCGCCUGCAGCCAGUAUCCCUGUUCUCAUUGCUUUCAUUCUGAAUUGUCACAUGUACAUUGAAACAUACAGUGAAACGCACUGUUUGUAUUAAUAAUCCACACAUCUAAGGAGCUGCAUCAUUUAUAUUCACAGCCCACACAUCUGGGGGACUGCCUACAAGUGUUGCCGCCCAUGCAGCACAAAAUGCCAGCGCCAGGCCUGCACCAAGAUGUCCUCUUAGAGUGGUGAGAACUGCUGCCCCAUGGCUCCAAAGACGGGUUCAGUCCCAACCUCCUGAACUUAUUACGUGCACGUGGAAUUUUGCUUCCUGUAACCACGAAGGUCUCUCCCAAGUGCUCGGGUUCCCUCACACACUCUGAGUAGAUGGGUUAAUUGGCCCCUCUAUGCACGGAUGAGGGGUCGAAUCUGGCGAUGGGCGGGAAAGGGGUUGAAAGGAGCUUGAGGACAAUAAAGUGGGAUGAGUAAAUGGGUGAUGAAGGUAGGGAGAGACUUUGGGGAUCUAGAGUUCUUGGAAUCAUGCCCGGUUGCUCUGAGUACGUGUUGGAACUGUGAGUGUCAGCAUGAUCUACCAAGGUAUGUUGAGGGAGGGUCGUGAGUUGAGGACCAAGAAAGUCUGAUGUUUAUUUUUUUGUUCCAGUAAGGUUGAGGCAGAAUAUUUUAACUGUGUUCCUAAUUUGGGGGAAGUCUCGUUGCUCACAAGAUUCCCAAUUGAACCACUUGGUAUGAGGGGAAAGUGCCUGCUGUCCUCCAUAUUAUCCCCUUCCCCCCCCCCCUCCUUUUCAAGGCUAUUGGCUUCCCAGUCAAUGGAAUUCUAAACAGUUGGGAACUACAUAGACUUGGGUGUAUAAAGCUUCAGGAACCUGAGUUGCAGGGGAAGGUUUGGCAGGCUGGGACUGUGUUCCUUGGAGAGCAGGAGACCUUAUAGAAGUGUGUAGAAUCAUGAGGAACAGCAAGAGGUAUUGGUACCUCCCCUCCCCCCCCAGAGUCGGGGAGCUAGAGGGCAGAGGUUUUAGGUGAGAGGGUAUUUAAUAGGAACUUAAGGGCAGCCUUUUUCAUCACACAAAAGGUGGUGUGUGUGUGUGUUUGGAAUAAGCUGCCAAAAGAAACGAUUGAGGUAGGUACAUUAGCACAUGAAAAGACACUUGGGCAACUUCAUGGGUAGGAAAGAUUUAGAAGGAUGUGGGCAGAUGCUGGCAGUGUGUCUAGCUUGAAUGGGAAUGGCAUGGAUGAGUUGGGCUGAUGGACCUGUAUGGCACUGUAAUGGGAGGACAGGGCUGCGCAGUGGGGAGAGACAGCUUAAGAAACCUGGGUUCAAUCCUGACCUCCGGCUCUGUCUGCCUGUGUGAAGUUUACACAUUCUUCCUAUGGCUGUGUGGGUUUAACCAAGUUCCCUUCCAUAUUCAGGUGACAUGCAGGGUCAGUGAAUUAAUCGGCAGCUGUAAGUUUUUCCUCGGUAAGGGGUGGGAGAAGCGAUUGUGAGUUGGUGGGAAUGUAAAUGGGAAUUGUGGUUGUUAUGAGAGUUGACAUAGAAGUGAUGGCCUGAAUGGUCUUGUGUUGGAAGGAUUUACAUCAGAAUUGAAACGUUAGUCAAUGAGGCCGCUGUUGUGAAUUGCAAGACAAACAGUUGAAUUUAUUUCUAUAUAAAUGGCAGGCAUGAAUAUGCACUACCAGUUGGAAUUGGUUUAUUGUCACAAAUGAAAAGCUUGUCUUGCAGGCUGCUCAUACAGAUCAAUCAUUACACAGUAAAGCAGUCAGUUCCUGAGUGCGUCUGUCUCUAUCACUGGGUAUCCCACCAUUACACUGCACAAGACAUGGGAAGCCUUUCGCAGACCCCCAGCCCAACCAGUUCUAGAGUCAGAGCAGUACAGCCUGGACACAGGCUGUUCGGCACAGUCAGUCCAUGCCCAAUUUCCUGCAUUCAGCCCGUAUCCCUCCAGGCCUUUCCCCUCCAUCUGCUUAUCCAAGUGUACCUGCUUCAGCCACUUCCUCUGGGUGCUUUUCCAUUGACUCGUCACCCUUUGCAUGAAGAAGUUGCCCCUUGGGGCUCUUUUAAAUAAGCUGCCUGGUGGUAGCGUAGUGUUAAGUGUAAUGCUAAGUGACCAGGGUACAAUCCCACUGGCCACGUGGGUUUCCUCCCACAUUCCACAGAUGGGUUAGUAGGUUAACUGGUCACGUGGUUUGGACAGUGUGGACUUGUUGGAACCUUCGUUGCUGUAUCUCUAAAUCAAGAGAAAUAAAUCCUUUCCUUCUCACCCUGAACGCAACCCUCUACCCCACUCCAGUUUUGGACUUCCCCCACCUUGGAUGUUUGGGGGAAAUCUCAUGUUUGAGUAUCGCCACACAGUCUUAUUUAACUGGACAGGAGCUUCCUUCUUUCUAACACAGGUGUCCAUUUUAGAAACAAGUUGGAUCAAGUGAGUUGGGUUGAAUUAUGUUGUAAACAUCUCUGAGAGAUGGCUAUUACACUGAUUCAUACAAGAAAUUCCACUCAACUUUAAUAUUGAUAAUCUAUUGACUGUCACCUUGGAUGGCAGCAGCUGUUGGGAACCAGUUGUCUUAUCUGUUCAAAAUCUCCUGCUGCACUUGAUGUGUAUCAAUAUUUGAUUCCAUUGGGCUAUCUUUUAUCAUUGGGUGGCCCUGGUAUCGGUCAGUUCUAUGUCAGAUUCCAUUGGGUGGCCCUGGUGUUGGUCAGUUCUGUGUCUGAUUCCACUGGGUGCCCCUGGUACUGGUCAGUUCUAUGUCUGAUUCCACUGGGUGCCCCUGGUGCUGGUCAGUUCUAUGUCUGAUUCCACUGGGUGCCCCUGGUACUGGUCAGUUCUAUGUCUGAUUCCACUGGGUGCCCCUGGUGUUGGUCAGUUCUGAAUGGCAGAGACUCGAGCCCCUCUCUUUUUGUACAUGUCAGUGUAAAGGAAUGUCCUGCUUUGCAAGACUGCUCGGUGACUCUGCCACUCUGAAUCUCACACACACACAAUACUUCCUCUGCCCACCAUGCCUAAUAAAAGAGUCAUGAGGUCAUAAGAGUCAUGGAUCUUAUAUUAUUUCUCAGUCCCUCCUCCAACCUCCCUUGUUCCCUGCCUGAGGAUUUUUGUUUUACCCAUUGCUUUGUUUUGCUGAAGUUUUGGCCACAACCUUCAGUGGUCAAACUCUGAUAAUUCAGCUUCUUUGGGACCUUGGUACUGGGAUGAGUAUAUUUGCUAGAUCUGUGGAUACUAAGUUUCCCAACCGGGGUUUAAAUUGCUUUUUAUUCACAAUGGCAUAAUAAAUGUUCCAGUGAACAGAUUAAGGAGAGCACAGGAAUUGUAAUUCAGUGUAAUUAAAAGGAACAUGGGGAAACAGGUCCCCAGUGAGCUUAAAGAGACAACUGGAACUAUCUCCCAGAUGCCAACAAUUGGAUAGUGGAUUAUUGGAAUUUUACCAUUGCUUAUUUGGGGAGACAUCAAAGCCGAUAACAAUUCCUAUCACUUGUGUGCAAAACCCUCUGCCAUUAUAUGGACGAAUUCUCCUUUGAUUAGAAUUGAUCAGAAGGAAAUACCUUCUUACUAUAUAUGCACAGAUUUAAUAUAAAGAUUUAUAUUAAAAUUUUAUAAUUGUAAAUAUGGAGGCAUUUACAUAGUAAUUAUUUAUGUAUUUUCAAAUGUAUACAAGGACUAUAAAGGUGACUAAAGGCACUUUGUCAGAUAUCAGUAUAUUAUCACCUAGCUAUCCUGAAAGAUGCUAAGUAAAAUGUACUUUAAUAAACUCAUUUUAUUCACCUGGA